AUGGCCCAGCCCGCCUUCCUCUCCUCUCUCGGCUCCCGCCUCCGCUCCGCGCCGCCGCCGCCGCAGCACCAUCGCCUCCAGCCCAGCCGCGGCUACCACGUCGAGCUCGGCGCUCGCGAGAAAGCGCUUUUAGAGGAGGAUGUUGCUUUGAAGAGGUUCAAAUCAUACAAGAACAGUGUGAAACAGGUCUCCAAGAUUGGGAAUGCUCUCACUUUUGCUGUUGUACUUGCUUGCAGCUACGAGCUUGCUGUGUUGGCGACGAGCACAAAAUGA